AGUGGCUGUGUAGGAAGAUCUCGGCGAACGUUACCUGACAUUACCCGUCCUUGCGAGGAAGCCCCGGGGACCUGGCUGCGCCCCUCUCCUGCCACGGCCACUGCAGGCCCCGUCUCCUCUCCUGCCUCCGGCCUCUAUCCCACUGCUCGUGUGUCCACAGGGGCCGAGGAGGUGCUGCUGCUGGCCCGGCGGACGGACCUGCGGAGGAUCUCGCUGGACACGCCGGACUUCACAGACAUCGUGCUGCAGGUGGAUGACAUCCGGCACGCCAUCGCUAUCGACUACGACCCGCUGGAGGGCUUCGUGUACUGGACGGACGACGAGGUGCGUGCCAUCCGCAGGGCGUACCUGGACGGGUCGGGGGCACAGACGCUGGUCGACACCGAGAUCAACGACCCCGACGGCAUUGCGGUCGACUGGGUGGCCCGCAACCUCUACUGGACGGACACGGGCACCGACCGCAUCGAGGUGACGCGCCUCAACGGCACCUCCCGCAAGAUCCUGGUGUCCGAGGACCUGGACGAGCCCCGCGCCAUCGUGCUGCACCCCGUGAUGGGCCUCAUGUACUGGACAGACUGGGGGGAGAACCCCAAAAUCGAGUGCGCCAACCUGGACGGGCAGGAGCGGCACGUCCUGGUCAACACCUCCCUGGGCUGGCCCAACGGCUUGGCUCUGGACCUGCAGGAGGGGAAGCUGUACUGGGGAGAUGCCAAGACGGACAAAAUCGAGGUGAUCAACAUCGACGGGACAAAGAGGCGGACGCUCCUGGAGGACAAGCUCCCGCACAUUUUCGGGUUCACGUUGCUGGGGGACUUCAUCUACUGGACCGACUGGCAGCGGCGCAGCAUCGAGCGCGUGCACAAGGUCAAGGCGAGCCGGGACGUCAUCAUCGACCAGCUGCCCGACCUGAUGGGGCUCAAGGCCGUGAAUGUGGCCAAGGCCGUCGGUGAGUCGGCUCAGCCUCCAGCCGCGGGUCGGCCAUGCCACAGGCUCGUGGCUGCCCUUUUGGUCCACAGGCAGCCCAGCUGGAGGCCAAAGCUGGGGGUGUAAGUGCCCGGCUGGGGCACCACUCUGGGGCUGAUCAGCACAGGAGAUGGUGAGACUGUGGGUCCGGGACCGGUGGCAUGGGGGUGGGGUAUCGACCAGGCAUGGUGACUGGGCACUGCUGGCAGUAACUGUUCUCACGAUGGCUGACACUUGCGGAGCGCCUGCUGCGUACCAGGCUGUGGCUAAGUGCCUUGGUGCCCGGAGCAGCCCUCUACGCGAAUUACGUUGUGGCCCUAUUCGCGCUGGGGAGAGGGUGGCAGAGCCGUGUAGCUGAUGGGCGGCCAGGCUCGGGACUCAUGCCCGGGUCUGCCUCGACCUUGUGGCUGGGCUGGGCUGUGAUCGUUGUUCAGUGUGACAGGCUGGACCCUCAAGCACACACCUUUUAUCUGAAAGCCAGGAUCUGCAGAAAGCUCCCUUAACACAAGGGUUUGUCUCUUUAUGAAUAUGAUUCCCAGCGCAGGUCGACAGGCUGCCCUGGGGACAGUGGUGUCCAGCUGUGGUGGGAGGACAGAUGGGGGGACGGGACUGUGGGCUCUGUGGCGGCAGGGACCCUGUCCCCAGCCGGGGCCCAGCACCUAGUACUGCACCUACACA